AAAUUGCCGGAUCCAGAUUCCAGACACAAGAAAUGGUUUUUUUUUUCCCCUUUUCUCCCCCUCGACUACCCACUUCAUAUUAAGAUUUAGAUUCUAAUGCUAUCGAUUUCUUCUUUUUGGUUACUACUUUGAUUCCAACGUUGGAGAAAUUUAUAUUUUGUUUUCUUUUUGGUUGAUUACUAUGCCUCCUUGUUAACACAGACACCGAUUCUUCUGCUGAAAAGUUAAACAACAUCUUCUCUUGGGGUUCCAGCUCGGAUGAUGAUGAUGAUACCUCAGGUCUAAGUUUCUUAAUUUCUGCCGCUGAAGUUCUUCUGCCAAAUCUGGAAUUAUUGGGUUUGCCAAUUUGAUGGGUGGGUCGAGUUUUGCUGUCGCUGAAAACAUGAAUGGGCAAAGUAUCAAAUCUGGGAUACAGACCGAGUCUCAUGCGGAACCACACUAUACUUCACCUUCCCAAAUUCAUAAUUUCUUUAGAUUAGAAUCUGAAGGUCAAAGUUCUUGUUCUUCUUUGCAUCCAUCUCCUUUCAUAGGAAAAGAGAAUUUUGAUUAUGUUCAACAACCCAUGUUUCAAACUCAAUACUGUUUGAAGCCUGAAAGAAGUGGUGAAUUAUCUCCUGCUUCUGUUCACCAAUCUAGAAGCAUUUUUUCGCGCUCUUCUGAGUUCUGUACCAGUUUAUACUUCUCAUCUUCAUCAAGCUCUGAAACCCAUCGAGGGUUUGGAAAUAUGCCGUUUCUUCCACAUCCUUCUACUGGCAAACAACCCAUUUCUUCUGCUGAUUCGACGAAAUCCCCUUUGUUUUUCAGUGGGGAUUUAAGAAGUCCAUGUGAUGAGAACAACUCUAAAGGUCAUGUGAAAGACUUUCUUAAUCUUCCCGGAGAGGAUUCAGACGGUAGCUUUCAUGGUUUAAAUUCUCCAACUGGUAAUUUCACAUUAGCAGAAGAAUUGGAUCUACAGUUUUUGUCUGAUGAACUUGACAUUGCUAUUGCUGACCAUGGAGAAAAUCCCAGGCUUGAUGAAAUAUAUGAACUGCCUGAACAAGAAUCAUCAAAACAAGCGAAUGAAAUAAAAUGCAAUCAAAAUUAUGUCUCUGUCGCUCCACCUGUUGAUGCUCUUUCGAGUCUCCCUUCUCCUGGGCCUGCUGCUCUGCAAAAACCAAGAAUGAGGUGGACACCUGAGCUUCAUGUGCGGUUUGUUGAGGCUGUCAACAAGCUCGAUGGGGCAGAAAAGGCUACUCCAAAGGGUGUGUUGAAGCUUAUGAAUGUUGAAGGUUUGACUAUCUAUCAUGUGAAAAGUCACUUACAGAAAUACCGACUCGCCAAGUAUAUGCCAGAGAAGAAAGAAGAGAAGAAGGCUUCUAGCUCCGAAGAAAAGAAAGCAACUUCCAGCAACACUGGAACCGAUGGAAGGAGAAAAGGGGGAUUUCAAAUUAGUGAGGCUCUCCACAUGCAAAUGGAAGUCCAGAAGCAGCUGCAUGAACAGCUUGAGGUGCAAAGAGCCCUUCAGUUGCGCAUUGAGGAACAUGCCAGGUACUUGCAGAAGAUCAUGGAAGAGCAGCAUAAAGUUGGCAGUACCUUAGUUCCUUCGCAAAGCUCGCCAUCACUGACAAACACAAGUGAGGAUUCUGGCCUUAGGCCGACUUCUCCAUCGGCAAAUCCUUCUCCCCAACAACCAGCUGAGUCUAAAACCGACUCGUCUUCACCUUUGCCAUUGAAGAAUAAAGCUUUUGACAGUAGCGAUUCUGAGUCACAAGCAUGUCUGAAAAAGAUUCGUCUUGAAGACAAGCAGGAAUCUGAUGAAGAUGAAGCCGUAGUUGAAAAUCCUGUGCAAUAGUUAUGGUGGUUGCCUUGUCAUCAAUGGCAAAUCCAUGUAAAGUAGUGAUUGAAUUGCAAUUUGUUUAAAUUUGUAUAGCUGACAUUUUUGAAAGUUGUAUGAAAAAAGAUUCAGCCUUUUCAAUUCGACGAUUUAUUGUCCUGAACUCUGUGGAUCCUGCAGCAACACUGAGCUGAAGUGGAGUAUACUUUAGUUGGACAUCAUUAUUUUGUAUAAAUUGAAAACUGCUGUUCUGCUA